GGUCAGGUUCCAGCCAGAUUAGUACUAUACCUCCUAUCAUGGUCAGGCUUCUUAGUAUCUUUUAUGAUGAGAAAUGAUAUAAAUAUGGCCAUAGUAGCAAUGGUCGAAAAAACUGAUAUGAAGCAAACAAAUGCAACGAAUGAGUACUGUUACAUAAUAGAAGAAACUAGCAACAAUACGGCAACAGUGGACUAUGGUGGCACACUUCAAUGGUCUACCAAGGUGCAGAGUUAUGUAUUAGCCUCGUUUUAUUGGGCAUACAUAAUUUCUCAAGUAGUGGGUGGAUUGGCUACCCAAAAAUUAGGCACCAAGCGAGUCUUCGGCUAUUCUCAAUUAGCAACUGCCUUGUGCAGUCUGAGCAUACCGUGGGCUAGUGAUACCCAUUACGGUAUAACAAUCGCUCUGAGGUUCAUCCAAGGAUUCGCAUCGGGUCUUACUUGGCCUGCUAUGUAUGCUCUUGUGGGGCACUGGAUUCCGGUUCCUGAAAGGAGCCGGUUUAUGUCCAGUUUUCAAGGAUUCAGCAUAGGCAUUGGGAUAACAUACCCUCUUUGUGGUUUCCUCAUUGCUCACCUGGGUUGGCGUUCUGUGUUUUACACCACAGGAUCGAUCGGUGUUUUAUGGUGCAUCAUAUGGUAUCUCCUUGCUUUCGAUAGCCCCGAAACUCAUCCCAGAAUUAGCUUACGAGAACAACAGUAUAUCAAAGAGAACACUGUGAAUACUUAUGAAAAUUCACGGCAACAAGCUGUUCCGUGGAAAUCCAUUUUUAUGUCGAUGCCUGCGAUGUCCAUCGGUAUUACCACAUUCGGGAGGAUUUGGUGUCAUUACACUUUCAUCAUUUCUGGGCCAACGUAUAUGAAGAGCAUUCUUGGAUUCAGUAUUGAGAAGAAUGGACUGUUGAAUGGAGCACCCUUUCUUUGUAGUUAUAUCGCAUCAGUGUUCUUCUGUUAUAUUGCUGAUAAGUUAGUAACAAAGAAAUAUAUGUCUCUGACCAAUGUUAGAAAACUAAUGACUGCCCUAUCUCAAGUUGUACCUGGUCUACUAGUACUUCUCAUAAGUUUCUUAGGUUGUGAUAUAGAACUGGUUCUGGUGGUCUGGUUUAUUGCAGUGACAUUAAUUACUGCAUCUUAUGCUGGUGCAAUGGCGAAUGUUGUAGAUAUUGCUCCCAAUUUUGCUGGACCUGUUUUGGCCUAUGCUCAAACCAUACAUAUGACUGCAAGUUUUCUUAGUCCCUUGGUUGCUUUCGAUUUAUUAGAUGGACAAGAGCACAACAUGUCAGCUUGGAAGAAUGUGUUUUAUGUAACAUGCUUUAUAGCUGUUUCAACAUAUAUAUUUUUCCAAAUAUGGGGGACAGGAGAUAUCCAGUCAUGGAAUUAUUCAAAUGGGCCUAUUAUAGUUCCAGAACAGGAAGUGCUGAUGGUUGAGAAAUCACCCAAAAACGGAACGAAGGUAGUGAAAAAUAGUAUGGAAUCUGAUGUUAUCGCAUGAAAUUAGGAAUGGAGAACAGCGACAGUAUACUUAGUGAUAUGGAACCUUACUGUAUUUUUUUUGGAAAUAUAUUCUAAUGAUAUACCAAAUGUUCAGGAUUA